AUGGAAGUCAAGAAAACUGCCUCACAAUUACUUCAAGAGGUCGUCCAAAAACACGCGCAAGAAAAGAUUCCAUAUCAACUCAAAAUUGCAUCGCUCGAAACUGAAAUUAAAUUACUUCGUGAAAAAUUAGGUGAUAUAGAAGAAUUACUUAACAACAAUCAACAAUCAACGUCGUUAUUCAACAUGGUUUAUGGAAUUGCUCCGGUAUUAAUUGGUAUAGCAUUGUUAGUGAUUAUGCAUUAUUGGAAAUGA